UGCUGACAGGCUCAUGGACGAGGAGUUUGAGAAGGGCUCGGGGCCCAAGAGGUUCGAGUACGGCCAACUUUCUGUCGCGACCAAGGGCUUCUCGGAGGAGGAGAAGCUCGGGGAAGGCGGUUUCGGCGCAGUUUACAGAGGGUUUCUGAAAGAGCUGGACCUCCACGUCGCCAUCAAGAGAGUCUCGAGGGGUUCAGAGCAAGGGAGGAAAGAAUACAGCUCCGAGGUGAGGAUCAUAAGCCGGCUCAGGCAUCGGAACCUUGUGCAGCUCAUUGGAUGGUGCCAUCAGGGCAAGGAGCUGCUGCUGGUGUAUGAACUGAUGCCCAACGGCAGCCUCGACACCCAUCUCUACAACCCGACUGUUCUCCUAACAUGGCCAGUCAGGUUCAAGAUCGUGCUCGGCUUGGGAUCUGCGCUCCUCUACCUUCACCAGGAGUGGGAGCAGUGCGUGGUGCACAGGGACGUGAAGCCGAGCAACAUCAUGCUCGACGCGUCCUUCGCCGCAAAGCUAGGCGACUUCGGCCUCGCCAGGCUUGUCGACCACGGCCGUGGAUCGCACACGACAAACCUCGCGGGCACCAUGGGUUACAUGGACCCGGAGUGCCUCGUCGCCGGCCGCGCGGGCCCGGAGUCGGACGUGUACAGCUUCGGCGUCGUGCUCCUCGAGAUCGCCUGCGGCCGGCCGCCCGUGGUGCCCGAGCAGGAAGACCAGGGCAGGACGCGCCUGGUGGAGUGGGUCUGGGGCUUGUACGGACGAAGAGCCGUUCUUGAAGCGGCGGACGAGCGGAUGGGCGGCGACUUCGACCGCGGAGAGAUGGAGCGGGUGAUGGUUGUCGGGCUGGCGUGCGCUCAUCCGGACUGUAGUCUGAGGCCUUCCAUCAGGCAGGCUGUGAGCAUGCUGCAGUGUGAGGUGACGCUGCCAACGCUGCCUGCCAAGAUGCCUACUCCAAAGUACUCGUGACUCGCUCGCUGCCUGCUACCCCGAGGUAUAGUACUGGACUAGGGUUUAUACAUGGCGUACGUAUUCAUAGCUAAUUUUUUAUGGGGGAUUAAAUCCUGUAUUCUGAAAUGGAGGGUUGAUUCGAAUUUGCCCUACCGAGAGGCUAAAUUUCUGUAGAACUCCAAUUGAACUAGCAAGCUAUAAAUUUCUUUAGAUUUCCAAUUGAACUAGCAAGGGCCCUGCACUUCAUGCACAAUUGUGCUGCUAGAUUCAAGGAUGACCUGAUCUCAGUAUGCAAUGGUAUUGUUAACAUUAAAACAACUGAGACCUUCGAUCUAUGUAUAUUUAUAGAUCUUACUAUUGGUUACUGUUGCUAGUUGGAGACUCCAAACGGAGGCUCCACGUUAAUCUUCACGAGACAUACUAGGAAAAAUAAACUACUCUAUAUGUUGCAUCUAAUGAACGAGGAUUCCAAACAGCUCU